AUGGUGCGAAUCGAAGGAGCUUUGGUGGGUGAAGAAUGCGAUGCUUGGGGUUGGUAUCUGGAAGAUGUAUAUUUUCUGCGUAAACGUGAUGAUCCUGACUGGGUGAGACCAAAGCAUAUCAUCGAGAACGAGAAAAACAAGACGCUUCAGCUCACACCUAUUCAAGAAUAUGAGUUGAUUAAUGCACAGAUCGAAGCCAGCGAGGGUUUCGAUGUUGAUUGGACCAAGGCCCGCUGCCUUUACUCGUACCAUCCUGUUGAAUUCGAUGAGGAUGCAUUUGUUGAAAAGCCUGAAACCAAUCUUGAUCUGGUGAACAUGCUCUGUGACAAAUCCAUUGGUUACUACAAUAAGGAAAACAAUACAGCAUAUGAAUUUGUCAAGGCUCUUUAUGCCAAUUUUCACGCGUCUGUUGGGAUCAUGUUUCUCAUAACUUUCCAAGUCAAGGAUCCUUCUGAUAACAACCUAGUCAAAGACUUCCAAGCUAGGGUUUUUUACUCUUUUUGUAGCAAGAGUCAGUUUAUCCUGUGCAGGCCAAAACAACACCAACCAGAUAGCCUUGAAGUUGCCCAGAAUGACCCCAAGAAGCCAAGACUGGAGUAG